GGAGGGGCGGUGCCUCCAAGCUGCAGCUCAAGUCAAUCAAUGACCAGAGAAGGUGAUGGAGACCACUGUGGAGGAUCACGAGCAGCUCCACCAUUAGAUAGAUUAAAUGUGUCGUCACAUGUUCCUGCUGCUGCUGCUGCUGGUGAUGAGUCUCACAACAAACACAGGCAAUGUUCUCAGUGUGGGAAAUGUUGUGCUAAUAACAGUGUUUUGAAACAACACAUGAAAAUGCACACUCGCGAGAGACCUUUUUCCUGCUCAGUUUGUGGCCAAAAAUUCUUUCAGAAGGGACACUUGAAAACUCAUACAAGAGUCCACACUGGCGAGAAACCUUUUUCAUGCUCAGUUUGUGGCCAAAGAUUUUCAAUGAAGUUUACCUUAAAAAUUCAUACAAGAAUCCACACUGGCGAGAAACCUUUUUCAUGCUCAGUUUGUGGCCAAAAAUUCUCUUCUAAGGGAUACUUGAAAAUUCAUACAAGAAGUCACACUGGUGAGAAACCUUUUUCAUGCUCAGUUUGUGGCCAAACAUUUUCAGUGAAGCAAAGUCUAACACUUCAUACAAGAAUCCACACUGGUGAGAAACCUUUUUCAUGCUCAGUUUGUGGCCAGAAAUUCGGUCACAGGGGACAUUUAAAUGAGCACACAAAAAUCCACGCUGGUGAGAAACCUUUUUCAUGCUCAGUUUGUGGCCAGAAAUUCAGUCAAAAGCAAAACUUAAAAAGGCACACAAGAACCCACACUGGCGAGAAACCUUUUUCCUGCUCAGUUUGUGGCCAAAAAUUCUCUUGUAAGGCAUCAUUGAAAACUCAUACAAAAAGUCACACUGGUGAGAAACCUUUUUCAUGCUCAGUUUGUGGCCAGAAAUUCAGUCAAAAGCAAAACUUGAAAAGGCACACAAGAACCCACACUGGCGAGAAAACUUUUUCCUGCUCAGUUUGUGGCCAAAAAUUCUCUUAUAAGGCAUCCUUGAAAACUCAUACAAGAAGUCACACUGGUGAGAAACCUUUUUCAUGCUCAGUUUGUGGCCAAACAUUUUCAGUGAAGCAAAGUCUAACACUUCAUACAAGAAUCCACACUGGUGAGAAACCUUUUUCAUGCUCAGUUUGUGGCCAGAAAUUCAGUCAAAAGCAAAACUUAAAAAGUCACACAAGAACCCACACUGGCGAGAAACCUUUUUCCUGCUCAGUUUGUGGCCAAAAAUUCUCUUAUAAGGCAUCCUUGAAAACUCAUACAAAAAGUCACACUGGUGAGAAACCUUUUUCAUGCUCAGUUUGUGGCCAGAAAUUCUCAGAGAAGGGAACCUUAAAAACGCACACAAGAAUCCACACUGGCGAGAAACCUUUUUCAUGCUCAGUUUGUGGCCAGAAAUUCUCAGAGAAGGGAACCUUAAAAACGCACACAAGAAUCCACACUGGCGAGAAACCUUUUUCAUGCUCGGUUUGUGGCCAAAAAUUCAGUCACAAGCAAAACUUAGAAAGUCACACAAGAACCCACACUGGCGAGAAACCUUUUUCAUGCUCAGUUUGUGGCCAAAGAUUUUCCGUGAAGGAAGCCUUAAAAAGCCACUCAAGAGUCCACACUGACGAGAAACUUUAUUCCUGCUAAGUUUGUGGCCAUAAAUUCUCUCACAAGGGAACCUUAAAAAGUCACUCAACAAUCCACACUGGCGAGAAACCUUUUUCAUGCUCAGUUUAUACUCAAACAUUCGCACAGAGGGGACAUUUAAUAAUGCACACAAGAAUCCACACUGGUGAGAAACCUUUUUCAUGCUCAGUUUGUGGCCAAAG